AUGUGGCGCCGCACCACAGCUCGUUGUUGCGAUUACACAAACAUUGAAUUGACUUGUGUAGAAGGAAUUGUUCUGCGAGCUCUUGAGCUUUGCCAUACUACCGAACCUUAUCUCAGAAAAGCCUGGCUCUGGCUAUCAUGCGCCUAUGAUCAGUUCGAACCGUUCCUCCGUCAGGGCAUUCACAGCGUCGCGCACUUUACGUCCGCUACGCCAGCACUUCUCACCUUCAUCAUUUUCGUUGUCGUUAUGCUUCUCAUGAUCCAGAUUCUUUCAUGGAUGCGGAGCAUAAUAGCUUUUUGGGUGCGUCUUAUGCUGCGGCUUACUUUCUGGACAGCUAUGGCAGCCCUUAUCGCAUUUGUCUGGCAGCGUGGCCUCGCUGCAUCACUGCAUGAUAUCGAGACUGGCGUGCGGCAAAUUAUGAUCAUCUACCGUCGGGAAUAUGCGCGCUGGGAGAACCACAUGGAUCAAACAACGCAGGGUCGUGCGGGGCGAGCGAAUGCGAAGUCAAGUUGGCUAUAA